CUGAACGGCAUCACGAAGAUGGCUGAAGCACCUGCCGCCGACGGCUCCGACAUCCACCCUGCCCUCCGGCAGCGAAUGCUGAACCGCGCCGCAACCUUCACUGAUACUGCCGGUCGCUCUUCUCCUCUCCCUCGCCGCCGAAGCUCGGUAUACUCUGACACGCGACACCCUCUGCGAUCCUCGACCGACAGCCUGCUCCGUCCCAACGACACAGAACGACUGACCAAAAAUGAUGAACCGUCCUUCUGGCAUUCCGCACCCCUUGCCUUCGCUAUUGUUCCGGCUUUCGCGGGAUUGCUCUUCCAGAAUGGUGGUGCAGUGGUGACGGACAUACUGCUUCUGGCUUUUGGGUCCAUGUUUCUCAAUUGGUGUUUGCGCAGUCCUUGGGAGUGGUAUCAUGCCGCCCAGCAAGUGCAUUAUAUUGAACCGGAAGAGGAUGUACAUGGUGAUACGCUGGUGGAAGAAGAUGAAGCGAGCGACAACUCUGGCAGCCCUGUUAAAGACUCUCAACAAGAUGAUGUCUCGCAGACAUCGGACCAGCCCGCAAGAAACCAAGAUGGCAAAACUAUACCCAACAAUGCACUGCGUGAGCUUGCACGCCAGCAGUUGCAAACAAAUGAAAUAAUGGCUUUGAUUGCAUGCUUCUUUGGGCCGCUCGUGGGAGCAUACGGCCUGCAUGCUAUACGAUCGCAACUCACCCGACCAGCUGAGGGUUUAGUAUCCAAUUUCAACUUGACCAUCUUUGUCAUGGCAGCCGAACUGCGACCUGUAUCCCAUAUGAUCAAACUCAAGCAGGCGCGGAUGCUCUACCUUCAGCGCGUCGUGCGUUCAGACCGGGAAAACGAUUUCAGAAGGUCUGACAUCCGAGAAUUGUCUGAUCGGCUGGACGAUAUCGAGAAUCGCAUCGUUUCGACCCACGAUUCAGGUGUUGAGACGGCGAAGAUGGGGGCUACCGUUCGACAAAGUUUGCAACCUCAGCUGGAUGCUCUGAAUCGAGCCGUAAGGCGCUAUGAAAAGCGACAGGUUGCUCAGUCUAUGCAGUCGGAAGCACGUUUUCAAGAGCUCGAUAGUCGAUUGAAGGAUGCACUUGCUCUCGCAGCGGCUGCAGCGCGUACAGGGCAACGGCCCGGUAUUAUCUCGAUGGGUUUCACGUGGUCUGUCAAUCUUGUGACGUCUGCUCUGCAAACCAGCUGGGCUAUUGCGGUCUAUCCUUUCAGGACAACGUCGGCGGUGAUCAACGAAGCAAGUGCAUGGAUCUCUGGAGAUCGACAACCUCGGAAGCGCAUGCGAUUAGCAAACAGUGGCAAUGCGUCGGCUCCACUAUCUCGGGUUCAGUCUCGCAACGGACGAUGA